AUGUUUUCUCUCUUUGCCCAUUCUGAGGAUCAAAAUCGAAAACAGAUUCUUGACCAACACAAUGAAAUAAGGAGAUCUGUCACUCCCACAGCCUGCAACAUGCUGAAGAUGGAGUGGAAUGAGAAAGCUGCCAUCAAUGCUCAGAAAUGGGCAGAUAAGUGUCAAAUGAAGAUCAGUCCCAAAGAGGAGAGACUUGUUAAUGGUGUCGUCUGCGGUGAGAAUGUGUUGCAGUCAACUUAUCCCAACACAUGGCCUGAAGCAAUUAAAGUAUGGUAUAGUCAGAUGUCCAAUUUCAAGUAUGGAGUUGGACGACUCAGGGAAAAUGCCAAUAUUCAGAGCUAUACUCAGCUAAUCUGGUAUAACAGCUACCAGAUUGGAUGUGCAGUUGCCUACUGUCCUAACAGCCGAUACAACUACUUUUAUGUUUGCCAUUACUGCCCUCCAGGAAAUAAUCCAAUGCAAAUAGCUACACCUUACAAAAAAGGAGCAAAAUGUGGUGAUUGUCCCGGCCACUGCGACCGCGGGCUUUGCACCAAUCCUUGCAAGUACCAAGAUGCAUUCACAAACUGUGGAAAUUUGAGAGUCUUGUUUGGCUGUAACUUUCCAAUGGUGAAACAAAAGUGUCCUGCUACCUGCAAAUGCACCACUCAAAUCAGAUAA